CACCAGUGCACGGGGCGGUUCCAAAGUCGCUGACGGCUUUCAGUCCGGAAGGUGUGUUAGCUAAGAGGCGGGUCUUGCGUAAGAGGAUAUUCCUAUUGGUCACACAGCUCGCUGACGCAAUAAGGACAGGAAGCAAAAAUAAACAACCUCGCACGUUUGAUGUCCGGAGCCGGCCGCGCAGCGGGCAAUGAAUGAAGACAUGGCUUCCGUGCACUGAACUUACUUCACUUAGCACUUCACUUAACAUAGCAUCGUUGAGACGCACGAUAACUCAAGUCUAUCCGCCGUGUACCGGUUUCUCCGUUGGCAUGUUGGAUUUAACAGCAGGGUGGAGUAUCUCGUUCGCAGGCUGCGGUUUCUUGGGCGUGUAUCACAUCGGCGUGGCGAGCUGUCUCCUGGAGCGCGCCCCGCAUCUCGUGCGCGGAGCCACCAGGGUGUACGGGGCUUCGGCCGGGGCGCUUACCGCCUCCGUUCUCACCAGCCACGCGUGUUUAGAGAAGUGUUGCCAGGAUGUGAUGGAGGUUGCUAAGCAAGCUCGGAAGCGUAGCCUGGGUCCUCUGCACCCCACCUUCAACUUGGUGAAGAUUCUGCGCUCAGGUCUGGAGCGCGACCUGCCAGGGGAUGCGCACUUACGCGCCUCGGGCAAGCUGUGCGUGUCUCUCACACGCGUCAGCAACGGGGAGAACAUGCUGGUCUCAGACUUCACCUCCAAAGAGGAACUCAUCCAGGCACUCAUCUGCAGCUGUUUCAUUCCUGUCUACUGUGGCUUGAUCCCGCCUUCCUUCCGGGGAGUGAGGUAUGUUGACGGGGGUAUAAGCGACAACCUGCCCCAGUCCGAGCUGAAGAACACCAUCACCAUCUCUCCAUUCUCUGGGGAGAGUGACAUCUGCCCCAGAGACAACUCCAGCAGCUUCCAUGAGCUGCGACUCACCAACACCAGCAUCCAGGUCAACUGGGGAAACGCCUUCCGGCUGAGCCAGGCCCUCUUCCCUCCGGAGCCGAAGGUUUUGGCAGAGAUGUGUCAGAGCGGGUAUAAAGAUGCCUACCGAUUCCUCAAGGACAACAAUCUACUGAGGACCGAAUGUCCUACAGCAGACUUGGCUCUGAAGCGAGACAAACCAACCUGCUGCUGCUCUGGCGUUAAAAACUCUGCUAUCAUGGAAAGCACACAGGAUUGGGUGCUGCGGAUCUGCCUCCUGAAGGAACACCACUGGUGGUUGGAUGAGCAGCUUGUCAAUAAUCUCCCCACAUCCCUUAAGAAAGUAUUCUGUGAGGCGUGUAGGGAGAAACACGCUCUGCUCUCUCAGAUCACCGGGCUGUUGCCAGUGCGUGUGGCCUCCUACGUCCUGCUGCCCUGCACUCUGCCGAUGGAAUCCGCCUACUCAGCAGUGCAGAGGUUUGUGGAGUGGAUGCCUGAAGUAUCUGCGGAUGUGCGCUGGCUUUUCGAAGUGGCAGGAAGUGUUUACAGAUACGCCUGGAAAGGAGUGUCCCCACACCCGAGAAGCGGCAUAUCCAUGAGACGGUGUAUAAGCGAACCACCCACACUGGACCUGCAGCUGCCUGUGAUGGAGCGUAAGAGACCACUGCCAUUUUCUGCCACUGAUCUCCGUGGUUACGGCUGGGAUUCAGCGGGCAGCUCCCACGAGUCUCUGGGUUUGCGCACGUUCAGCCCCUCCCUAAAACACGUCUGCUUCAUCACUGGUUCACCAAAUGACUAUGAGAGCUGAAUGCACUAACACAUGGAACCUGUGCUUGGACGUGAUUGGACAGUGACUGACGAUGUCACACACCCUUCAUUUUUACGUGCAGUGGUGCUUGGUGAGACAGUCAGCACUGCUUUGUAAACUGGAAUUGAGCUUAUACAGACUCAUAUCUGUCAAGCACUCCGCAAACACUGGUGUGAUUUGAACCUUAGAUCCUUAUGAACCAAAGACAUAUUUCUGUCUGUUGCUUUAAUACAGCCAUUAACGUAGGUUUAGGUUCUCAAGUGCACUUAAUUACACUUGGAAUUACAGUAAAUCAGUAAUUACUGUAAAUUCUCUAUUCAAGUUUGACUGUUAACAAACAUCAACAUGGGAUAAUACUAAAGAUCUAAUCAAGGAAUGUUAUGAGAUGGCAAACGAGCCUUUUUGGAGACUGGGGAAGCCGGGUUCUCUUCACAGGAGUCACUGUAUCAUCACUGUAUCACUACCUAUUCAUACUGGUCACACACAGGAAAAUGAGUGCGCUGUAUGCCAGCACGUUCCUUAUGAAGGACUUCAGUGCUCCAGCUGUUAGGGUGUUCCCCUCUACUCUUUCUACAAUUUAAUUGGAAAAAUUGCAGUAAUGUAAUUUGUAAUGAGUUGUUUUGGGAAUGGUGCCAUGAAAUAAGCAAAAUGCAUCAUUAAAAAAGUAUUACAUGGUGUCAAUAUUAUUGGCUAAUGAGUCAGA